UGGGCCCGCAGUCCAGGCGCCCGGAGGCCCUGGGGGGCCGCCUUCCUCUUCCUCUGACUAACCCCCCUCCUGUAGGAGGAAGCUAAGGAGAAGAGAUGGGAAGAGAUGGAGGUGCAGGGAGAGCUGGCAGGGCUGGGGAUCUCUGAGGCUGAAGCAGCUCCUGAAUCUUACUCUGGGUUAUUUGCUCCUCAGAAAGCGGAAGUACCUGACUGAUGGUUCGGGUCAUUCCAACCUCGCUUUUCUGUGGAGUAGGAGGCUUCCUCUUACCCCGCCCCACUGCCCCCAUGACUAAAACCAACACGCAGACGUUGGGUGCAGCGACCCGGUCCGUGGUUGGCACCCCCUUCUCUGGGAGGCCCAGAUGUCCUGCUUGGGCGGGGAAGUCACUUUGAAAACUAUCAAGGGCCACCUCGACGGGAGAUGCUGCUGCCAUUGUGGCUCAAGAGCCCGCAGUCUGGCUCCCGGGGGCUACUCCGGCCUGGGGCUUCCCGACCAGAAGCAGAGGGUCCAGAACAAGGCGGGGUGGGUGACAAGGGUUCCGGGAUGCCCGGGGCAGCCGUAGCCAGAGCACAGGCGUAGGUACGUCCGGGCACCCCGGACCAAGAUGCUGAGCAAUCAGGAGACUUGCCGUGCAGUGAUUGAGCGGCUCGUGGCUUGGGCUCAGCAACACCCAAGUUCCAAUCCAGCGUCAGACACCUCUUAGCUGUGGAACCCCGGGCACCCCAUUUAACGUCCCUCAGCCUGAGUUUCCACAUCUCUAGAAUGGGGACAAAGCACCAAACGGCCAAGGCUGUUGUUGGCAUCCAAUGAGAUAUUUGUAAAGCACUUAGCACAUAGGAGGUACUUAAUAAAUGCUUAUUCCCUUCUCUCCUGCCCCCUUCCUCUAUCAUUCUCAUUGCUUAACCUGGAGAAGAUAAUGCUAAAAGCAGACAGUGACUUCUUCAAAUAUCUGACAGGCUCUUGUAUAGGAGUUGGGGCUAAGGACCAACAGUCAGCAUUGCAAAUGACUUCCUUCCUCUCUCCUGGGAUUGUCGUGAGAAUCAAUGAGGGGCUGUGUGUAGAGCAUGUGACAAGCCUUAAAGGCUGGGAUGAAUGCUUGCUAAUGUCAUCAUCACCAUCACCAUCACCAUUACCAUCACUAUCACCAUCACCAUCAUCAUCAUCUUCAUCAUCAUCAUUUGGGCAUUAGAGGGGAAGUCGGACUUACUGUGAAUCUGGAACAGUUUUAGCCUUUGGAACUUCAAAUACACAGUUGUACUGGUGACUUAUUAAGACAUUCCUUGUCCAUUUUCUCCAAAGUGCAGUCUUACUUCAAGAGGACACAAUGAACGAGUGUUGUUCCAAACUGGCUUCUGACCAUCAUAACGGAACCGAAGGUCAGAACAUGGCCGCCCUCCAGGAAGAUAUCGAGAUGAGCAGCGGAUCGAGUGGGAACGAAACAAAUGAGAAUGACUUCAGUGGGUGCGAGUCUCCCGGCAACGACUCUGACAAAAACGGGAAGGAUUCCGCCAUGCUGGUGGAGUCCCCCGAGAACCACAAGAGUUCAAAUGCUUUUAGGCUGAUGAUUGUAAAAUCUGCCCACAAUCCAUCCACCAGUGGGUGCAGCAGUGAACAGUCAGCCAAAGCCAAGACUCAGAAAGAGCUGAUCAAGACGCUGAAGGAACUGAAAGGUCAUCUGCCUCCUGACAGGAAGACCAAGGGCAAGUCCAGCACCUUGGCGACCUUGAAGUAUGCCCUCAGGAGCAUCAAACAAAUCAAAGCUAACGAAGAGUAUUAUCAGCUCUUAAUGACCAGUGAGAACCAUUCAGCCGAUCUGGAUGUGCCUUCUUACACAGUCAAGGAAAUCGAGACUCUGACGUCAGAAUACAUUAUGAAGAACGUGGAUAUGUUUGCUAUGGCCAUCUCCUUGGUUACCGGAAAGAUCGCGUAUGUCUCUGACCAGGCUGCAUCCAUUCUUCCCUGUAAGAAGGAUGUGUUUCGUGAUGCCAAGUUUGUGGAGUUCCUGGCGCCCCAUGACGUGAGCGUGUUCCACAGCUCCACCGCUCCAUCCCGACUCCCAGCCUGGAGUGUCUGCCGCAGAGCUGAUUCUUCCAGCCAGGAUUACAUGGAGGAGAAGUCUUUCUUCUGCCGCAUCAGCGGUGGCAAAGAUCACGAAAAUGGAAUCCGCUAUCAUCCAUUCAGAAUGACACCUUACCUUAUCAGAAUACAAGAGAAACAUAACAUAGAAACUCAGCCGUGCUGUAUUUUGCUUGCAGAGAAGGUGCACUCUGGCUACGAAGCACCCAGGAUCCCGCCAGAUAAGAGAAUAUUUACGACAACACACACCCCAAAUUGUUUGUUUCAAGAUGUAGAUGAAAGAGCGGUUCCUCUCUUGGGCUAUCUACCUCAGGACCUGAUUGGCACUCCCAUUCUGGUGCAUGUCCACCCACAGGACAGACCUCUCAUGCUGGCGAUUCACAAAAAAAUCCUACAGUAUGGCGGACAGCCUUUUGACUAUUCGCCGAUCAGAUUCUGCACUCGAAAUGGAGAGUAUAUAACGAUGGACACCAGCUGGUCCAGUUUUAUCAAUCCUUGGAACAGAAAAGUUUCCUUUAUAAUUGGAAGACAUAAAGUGAGGACGGGGCCUUUAAACGAAGAUGUCUUUGCUGCUCAAACAUGCACGGAAGAGAAAACUCCUCAUCCCAGUAUUCAGGAGAUCACUGAACAGAUAUACAGAUUGUUAUUGCAGCCCGUCCACCACAGCGGCUCCAGCGGCUAUGGCAGCCUGGGCAGCAACGGCUCCCAUGAGCACUUGAUGAGCCAGACAUCCUCCAGCGACAGCAACGGCCGUCAGCCUGAGGACUCGCGGAAGAGGAGGCCUAAUACCCGGAAAGGGAAUUGUAAAGAUGCCCAGAAGGUCACAAGCAAAAGCGCCAUUCUGUGCAAGAAUGAAGAAAUGAGGAAGCCAGCCACAGAGAGUCAAAAUAAUUCAAAUGCCCAAACAAAAGAUAUCUUGGCUACUGAGAAGAACAAUUUGGGCCCUGGCUUGCCAAGGAAUAUAAUUACAGAGGAGCUGGCCUGUAAGACUCAGUCUGUGUAUUCCUACCAGCAGAUAAGCUGCUUAGACAGUGUGAUUAGGUACUUGGAGAGCUGCAGUGUGGCCGGGCCACUGAAGCGCAAGUGCGAGACCUUGCCCUGUGUCCCAGCUUCGCCCAUGGAGGAUGAGCAGAACCCCACCGUGGAGCCAGGGCAACCACCAGCAGCAGAGGAGACGUCAAUGGUGAAAAUUUCCUUAAAUCCCGAUGUCACCGUCCUGAAAACGGCCAGCACAGAUCACCACCCGGUUGUUGGCGCUCCCUUGGCCUCCUUGGCUCUCCCUGGCAAAGCUGAAAGUGUGGUCUCCUUCACCAGUCAGUGUAGCUACAGCAGCACCCUGGUCCACGUUGGGGACAAGAAGCUCCAACCGGAGUCAGAGAUGAUAGAGGACCCUUUGAGUGGGAUGGAGUCACUCGACAAUGCCGCUGGCCCAGCCUCGACUUCUCACUGCAAUUCCAGCCCGGACAAGGGGCUCCCCAAGAAGGUGGGCCUGACCAAGGAGGUGCUGGCGGCCCACACACAGAAGGAAGAGCAGAGCUUCUUGCACAGGUUUAAGGAGACAACCAGACUCAGCACAUUCCAGUCUCGCUGCCAUUAUUAUCUGCAGGAGAGAUCCAAGGGACGCCCCGUAGACCGUGUUGUUCCAGGAUUAAGAAAUAGUAUUUCUGUAAUGGAUUCAUCUUGGAAAAAAAGUGGAAAGAACAGAAAACAGAAGUCCAAGCGAAUUAAGCCCCACGAGUCAUCCGACAGCACGACUUCGGGCACACACAUCCCUCCUCGGUCACCACUGAUCGGCCUGAAUUCGACGGCAUGGUCACCGUCAGACACUUCCCAGGCCAGUUGUCCGCCAGCCUCGUUCCCUGCCAUGGUGCCCGCGUAUCCUCUGCCUGUUUUUCCAUCGCCAGGAAUUGUCCCAACAGCCGGAAGCGUGUCAUCAGCUCCUCAGGCCUGCCAGGCUCAUUUGAAUGGUUCCGGGACCUCCCAGCAUUACAUUUCCUUGCAGCCCCCAGCAUUCACCACCCCCCUGACUCCAGUCAUGGCAGUUGUGUUACCCAACUACACGUUCCCUUCAAUGAACCCCAAUGUGCACGCUCCGUUCUACCCCGGCCCGAGCAGCUGCCCCCAGCAUCCCGAAUGCUCUUCCCAGAUGAUGUUGGCAGCCCAGCCCGAGUUCCCCAUUCAGGCAUCUUUCUCCUCCCAGACACUAUGCCCCACACAGUCAUUUAGUUACCAUCCAGCUGAAAGGGAAAGGCCUCCUGCCCCCGGGGCCCCCGAAGGGCCAUCUCGAUCUGCAACACCCCAGUCCUUGGGGAGACACGAUCAAGUAUCACCACCCUUGUUCCAGUCCCGGUGCAGCUCCCCCUUACAGCUAAAUCUGCUUCAAUUAGAAGAAAUACCCAAGGCUGCCGAAAGCUCGGUGGCGGCCAUUUCUGGAUCGUUGGGAGGACAUGGUCUAUUGAGUGAGGGAACAAAUAAUAAAACGGCCGAGUUCGAUGACGGCAAAGGACCAGCGCCUCAUCGAGUGGACUCGCCAAUGGAUGCACACAACAGCGACGCCCUCUCUCUAUCCAGUGACUUACUUGAGAUUUUGCUGGCAGAAGAUGGCUGCUCUGCCACCGGGUCGGCUUCCUCUGGGAGCGGUGUGUCGGCCGCCUCCGAGUCUCUGGGCUCUGGAUCCCUUGGCUGCGGCACCUCUAGAACGGGGACAGGCAGCAGUGAGACAAGCCACACGAGCAAAUACUUUGGAAGCAUCGACUCCUCGGAGAACAGCCAUCGGGCCAAACUCAACCCCAAACUCCCAGACAGUGAGCACUUCCUUAAGUGCAUCUUCCAGGACCCCAUCUGGAUGCUGACGGCAAAUACCGAGGAUGACAUCAUGAUGACCUACCAGCUUCCUUCCCGAAAUCUAGAAACUGUUUUGAAGGAAGAUCGAGAAAAGUUGAAGGUGAUGCAGAAAUUCCAGCCCAAGUUUGCCGACGAGCAGAAGCGAGAGCUGCACGAAGUCCACACGUGGAUGCCCAGGGGAGGGCUGCCCAGAGCGCUGGACUUGGCUGCGUGCCCCUACUGCGAGGACAGCCAGAGAGAGCGUGUGGAUGAGCCGUAUGACGAGGAUAUUCCAGCGAUGGAGCUCAGCGAAACCCUGGAAGCCCCGGACGAGAAGAGCGCCGCGCCCACACCCCACGGCCCCCAAGAGGAGACCUAGCCCGGCACCCCCUCCCAGGCACCUGCCGCCCCGUGCGCUGCAGAGGCUGGGGCUCGAGAGAGCGUUAAGACAGCUUGAAACUUGGUUCUAGUGAAAUAACUUAUUCGUGUCAACUUUUUUGUUUUAGAAAAAAGGUCACUUGUCUGAAGGAAUCCAUGUAAAACUGAUGUCUCCGGGGCCCGGGUAGGGGCUCCAGGUUUUCCACCUGUAAUUCAGCAGAUUUUGUACAAUAACUCUGCAGAGUGGAUAGCGUCGCUUCCGUGGGCUCGUUUCUCACCCUGUCUCUUGCGGGUUGAAUAUGUCACCCUGUGUGUGGGAAGAGCUUCCAGGGACUCCCCUCUCUCCCCACUUUGAUGAUUCGGCAUCUCCGAGGACAUGCCGAAGACUCGGCGGGAGGUCAUUUAAAGCUUGUUGUGUAAGAAUUUGUAAGUUUGUAUUAAUAUCUGAGAAAAUCGUUCGGGGCUGUCGGAGUAUCCAGCCCCCAUCUCUGUUCUCUCUAUUUAUUGAGCUGCUUUCUUAUCUAAAUUAUAAUUUAGUCAGUUAAAAAAAAAGUUUCUAAAAAUAAGGAAACCAGAGAGAGCAAAUCAGGCCUCUUCUCCCCUUCCUGACAAGUGCCCAAGCUUUACAGCUUGAUAGAGGUCAGGAGGUGGCCAAGGGGGAGGUGGCAGCUCGGGGGGGUCCUCUCCUGCUGCAGACAAGCACAAAGUGGUGAAAUCUGUGACGAGUCUGGUGAGGGGCUUCACACUCUUAGUGAAAGCGACAGCCUCCGAUACGUUACAUGAGAUAGUCACGAGUGGCCCUCAUCCCACCAUGGACACGUGCGGAAUUGUUCUGGAUCCAGCUCCAGAAGGGUCGGCACUUAGUGUGGGAUACGGGAAGCGAGCCAGGGCGGCCCCAUGGCUUGGGGCUGCUUUGUGCCGAUUGGUCUCCCCCAUGCCCAUCCCCGAUCUCGGUUGUUGCUGUUGCUGUUGUUGUUAUUCUAUCGCUUUGCUCCAAGAGCACGAUCAUCACUCUUCAGCCUCCAUUGUCAUCAGUCAGUCAUUCUCUCCACGUACUUGACUCUGCAGACCUGCUUCUGUUUUGGAAUCAAAAUUCCCCUUUGUGCUGUGCCAGUGCCAGGAAGGAGUGUGCAAAGCACUAUUCAGACUAUGGCCUGGCCAGCCCUGCCUGGUCCCCUCCCCUCAUGCCUUUUGAGGCCUGUAAAUUAUUCUGACUUUGAGGAGGACUAGGAAGAUCCAGCUCUGCAAAACAUGGGAAGGAUCUGGCCACUUUGGGAGUUUGGAAAUCCAGUAAUGUUCCCUUGUUCUUGCUGGGAAAUUAUCAUUUAUAAAACAGUUCAUUAAUACAUCAACUUUAAAUUGGACUCUGUUGGGGAGAUAUAGAUGAAGGAGUUUGGGGUUUUUUCCUUCCUUGAUGGCCUUUAAUUAAGAUAAAAAAAACUUCAUGAUUGUGAAGAUCAUCAAGGUCAUUUUUUUAAAAAUCUCUUAUUGAAGGUUCUCUUUAUUUAAAGUCACUUUAAUCUUAAUAAAACCAAGCCCAUCAGCUGCCAGAUUAAACAGGGAAAACCGCAGUUCUAAAUGAACCCAAGAAAUAUUCCCAUCUUAAUGCUAGAGGCAGGGCUGGCCUCCCAAGUCGGAUGUCAGCUGGACUGUGUUCUAACACUGCACCAUACACACACACUCAUACACACACACACACACACACACACACACACACAUAUAUACAUGUUCAUACACACACACACGCACAUGUGCACAUGCGCUUUCCAGAGGGUUUCCCCAAUCUCGGCGUUAAGGGUUCCUUUCUCCUCUGUAUUUUGGUAUCAUUUUCUCCAGGCAGUGAAUGUUUUAGCCUGUCUGCUUUAAGGGAGUGUCAGAUACUGGAUCUCCUCAGGUCAUUCUGUGGCUGUCUUUAUACAGUGUCAAGCCUGGCCUCUUUAUCUGUGAAGCGGACAGACAGACGGAAGUACGCCCGUACCCGGCUGUUGGGAAAUGUCCGCCGCUGUUUGAAAGCUGAGCCUUUGUUCGAGGUUUCUAAAAGUGUGUGUCGGUUGUUAUUUAAACUCCAUGUGUUGCCUUGUUUCGGAGCCUUUGUGGACAAGCGGCUUGUUCACACACAAGGAUUCUGAGUUCACUGUUUGUGGCUACUUUUUAUGACUUUUUUGCCUUUUAGAAAAUUGGCUAAAUAAAGUAAAUAUAUUUUUGUUUGU